UUUCGAGGCUACAACAAGCUCAUAAGGCCAGUACAGAACAUGACAGAGAAGGUUGACGUACGAUUCGGUCUUGCCUUCGUUCAACUCAUCAAUGUGAAUGAGAAGAACCAGAUCAUGAAGUCAAAUGUAUGGCUUAGAUUGGUGUGGAAUGAUUAUCAACUGCAAUGGGACGAAGCAGACUACGGCGGAAUCGGGGUCCUGAGACUUCCUCCUGACAAAGUUUGGAAACCGGACAUAGUUCUCUUUAACAAUGCUGAUGGCAACUAUGAAGUGAGAUACAAGUCCAACGUAUUGAUCUACCCGAACGGAGAGGUCUUGUGGGUACCCCCAGCCAUUUACCAGAGUUCGUGCACGAUUGAUGUAACGUACUUCCCUUUCGACCAGCAGACGUGCAUAAUGAAGUUUGGAUCGUGGACAUUCAACGGUGACCAAGUGUCCUUAGCGUUGUACAAUAACAAAAAUUUUGUGGACUUGUCCGAUUACUGGAAAUCGGGUACAUGGGAUAUUAUUGAGGUACCAGCCUACCUGAACGAGUACCCGGUAAUUCCAACAGAAACAGACAUUACUUUCUAUAUAGUAAUCCGACGUAAAACGCUGUUUUACACAGUGAAUCUGAUUCUACCAACGGUGCUAAUAUCCUUCCUCUGUGUGCUAGUGUUCUACCUGCCAGCGGAGGCGGGGGAGAAAGUGACCCUCGGAAUCAGUAUUCUCUUGUCGCUGGUUGUGUUCCUCUUGCUUGUAUCCAAAAUUCUUCCUCCAACCUCGUUGGUGCUACCUUUGAUCGCGAAGUACUUACUGUUCACAUUUAUCAUGAACACAGUUAGUAUCCUCGUAACUGUCAUCAUCAUCAACUGGAACUUCCGUGGUCCUCGGACACACAGGAUGCCACCCUGGAUACGAGCGAUGUUCCUCUACUACCUGCCGAUCGUGCUUCUGAUGAAGCGUCCCAAAAAGACUCGACUCCGAUGGAUGAUGGAGAUGCCAGGCAUGUCCGCUCCACCUCAUCCUUCCUACGGAUCACCCGCCGAAUUGCCCAAACACACGGUGCCGUCAGCCACAAGUAGAAAUAAGGUGGAGCUCAUGGAACUAUCAGAUCUGCAUCAUCCUAACUGUAAGAUCAACAGGAAGUCAAGCGCGGAGCUUGGAGGAAGUGGGGCAGGUUCUGGCGCUGUCGGUGGACGUCGUGAGAGUGAAAGUUCAGACUCUCUCCUACUUUCGCCCGAGGCGUCGAAAGCCACAGAGGCCGUCGAGUUCAUCGCGGAACAUCUCCGCAACGAAGACCAAUACAUUCAGAUCCGGGAGGACUGGAAGUAUGUUGCCAUGGUGAUAGACAGGCUACAGCUGUACAUCUUCUUCCUGGUGACGACUGCUGGAACUAUCGGGAUACUGAUGGACGCGCCUCACAUAUUCGAAUAUGUUGAUCAGGACCGAAUAAUCGAGAUAUAUCGUGGGAAAUGAGGACCCGUUGAAAUGGGUUAUUAUUGGAUUCAGUUAUUUGUUAAAAUAUAAACUUACUCCAGAAAAGUGGUGUGUUGAAGAUAUUCUAUCAAAUGCUAUUACACGGCUAAAUGAAAAUUUAGCUUCCUACGAGCACUACCAAUAGUGAUAUUCAAUUGUUAUAAUAGUGAAACCACAGUUUGAAACGAAACAAAGAAAAUGUAACAAUCAUGUCACUGGCUGUUUCAUUGUUAGCGUGAUGAAUCUGAAUCAACGAUAAGAGACGAUACAGACUAAUUAUUUUCAUUUGUUAAUCAAUGGCAGUAUAGAAAUGUUAUGUGACUAGACGGAUAGGCCUAACGAUUGCUUCGGUCCUAGUUGCAUUACAGAACGAGAUUUUUUUAACAUCCAUAUAUAAUUAACUAGAGAAUAAUAAGUGCUAUGUAACAUAUAAUGGAAAACUAAGGACUAAAGAGUUUCUUUUGAAUUAGCCAGGAAGAACUUGUGCUCAAAAGUAAAAAAAAAAUAUACAAAUUUAAUCUCAAAUUCUAUAUGGAAAUAUGUUAUCAUAGAAGAAGGAAAUCUACAGAAUGCAAAUUACCUUCUCUGUAUUGUUAUAAAACAAAUAAUGUAUAAUAACAAAUUGACUUCUUUUCAUA